AAUUUUCAGAAUUACCAUGAAACUCAGAUGCUUCUGUUUUCAAUGAACUAAUCGCUGAUGACGAAAAUAUUCUCUGUAUUCCAAACACUACGUAAAUAUAGCGUUGGGCAACGGACCGCAUUGGGACUAAUGAAAAGUUUGGACGAUAGUGGAGCUAAUGUCAUAUCUGUGAAUACUGGAACGGAUUCGAAAAGUAUUAUACAGCUGAGGGACGUUGGUGCGAGAAAAGUACGAUUGAAAUACAACGGAGUUUUGCCACAAAAAGCAAUUGUUGGCCUAUGGAAUGCACUCACAUCAUGUGCUAGAAACCCGAAAAUUCUACAGUUUCAAGCUGAUCAGCUGAAAGAAAAGCUGAGUCAACGGCAGUUUCCAGCAUCACCAAAGGAGGUACAAGAAGCGCGUUAUGAAAUUAAGAAAAUGUUGGAAGCCGAAGGUGCAUUUCCGGAUCGCAAUGCUGUCGGUCAAAAAGUUCUGGAAGCAUUUGAUUUGGAAGUAAAAAAGAAAGUAGAUAAAUUGUUGCGUCAUACGAAGUAUAACUGGAAACCACUGGGUUUUAAAACGCGUGAACAUGCUGCAGCUUAUACCUUAGCCAGGUUUGCACCUAAUUAUGCAGAAGUUCGUUUUGUAUUACAAGAAUUCAUGAAUAAUGGAUACAUCCCAGAAACAGUUCUGGACUAUGGAAGUGGUUCUGGCGCUGCAUUUUGGGCUGCAUUUGAACAGUGGGGAGAGCGAGUCAAAAGUUAUCAGUUGAUCGAUUCAAAUGAAGAAAUAAGUCAGUUUUGCAUGGACAUUUUAAGGGGCAGUGGCGAAAACAAUGGGCAUCCGUUCGUGCAUCCAAAUGUUAGCUUCCGAAAAUUUUUGUCGCCAUCUUCAAAUAACAAUUUUGAUGUGAUAAUCGUACAUCGUCUUUUUGCUGAAUUGGCUUCCGAAGAAUUACGCACUGAGUUGCUAAUAGAUUUAUGGAAGCGAGCGAACAAGUAUUUGGUAUUAAUCGAUGGGAGCUGUAAAGGUGGCUAUGAUGCUUUGAUGGAAGCUAGAGACUACAUCCUUAUGGGUGGCUGUGAACUGCAUCGAGAACAAACUCGACAAGUCCUGAUGAAAGCAGGAGUAUUGAAUGACGAAGCAGAAUGUAUCUUGACUGAUCAGCAGUUAUCCAACUACAUGCGUUAUAAUCUUAUUAAAAAUAUGCUUCCACCAGGCACAGUUUUGCCGACCAGAUUGGAGCCCGGUUAUGUGUUUGCCCCAUGCCCACAUGACCAAGGAUGCCCAAAAAGUGUGCGAAGAGAAAAGGACGUAUGCAGUUUCUCAACUCAGUGGAAUGUGUUGCGAGCUGAUGGGCGGAAGCAGAUUUUUAAUACCGAGAGAGGUUCAUUCACAUAUGUUAUUAUGGCCAAAGGGACAAGAUCUCACCAUAUAAAUGAAAGCAGGCUUCUGACGCUACACCAUGGCGGAGGACAUGUAUGCUGCACCGUUUGUACACCAUUUUGCGGAAUACAGCGUUUUACAGUCUCCAGAUGUAUGGGCAAAAUUUAUAAAUUGGUCAAAAAUGUCAAGGUCGGUCGAGUGCUACCAGCUGAGCUGAGAACUGUAGGAUCUGAUUCGGAGCUCGAUGUGUAUGAAGAAGCAGUGGAGGAAUUUACAAAGGAAAAGCGUGCCAAGAAUAUGUUGAAAAAAAUCUUUGUACAGCUAAUUGAGUUUUUUAAUUAUGCAUUCUUGUUAUUACCCACCUACUGUGGAUAUUUUCUUUGUAUUAUCGUUCAAGCUUUUUUUGUGUUAUCUGUACUUACUGUUCAUAGCAAAAUACUUGUGUUGUAAAACAGCUGUACAAUGCGUUGAUAUGCUAAUAAAUGGUAAAGGUAAGG